AUGACCACCUCACUUCCUCAGGCCGCUUGUGAACCAGGUUCCCCUCUGGGUCCUCAUUAUGUUUUAACACUCAGCAUGCUCACCCGCACCGCCCCAGUGCCUCCCCUGCUCAGCCUUCCUGAGACUGACCGUCCAACCUGGGUCCUGCAGCUCUGGGUUCCUCAGAGUAGAGGCUGGAGGAGGAGCAGACUCCCCUGGGUGGACCCGCAGCUCCAGAUCGACAUGCUGCUGCUGCUGCUGCUGCCUGUGCUGCUGCUGCUCUGGGUGCAGGAGGGGGUGUGGGGAGAGGCUUACUCCUUGAAGGUGCAGAGCCCGGUAACGGUGCAGGAGGGCCUGUGUGUCCAUGUGCCCUGUGAGUUCACCCACCCCUAUGAAGACCAGACUGAGUUGGACGCAGCUCACGGCUACUGGUUCCGGGAAAAGGCUGGGUUUACAAGACAGACUGUUGUGGUGGCCACAAAUGAUCCAAGUCAACCGGUGGAGAAGGAAACCAAGGGCCGAUUCCACCUCACUGGGGAUCCGCGAGCCAACAACUGCUCCCUGGACAUCAGAGACGCCCAGAAGAAGGACGAAGGGUCAUUCGUCUUUCGGAUGGAGAGAGGACGGAAACGAUACAGUUACAUAGCAUACCCGGUCUCUGUGCGUGUGACAGCCCUGACCCACACCCCCGGCAUCCUCAUCCCGGGGACCCUGCAGCCCGGCCGCCCCAGCAACCUGACCUGCUCUGUGCCCUGGGCCUGCGAGCGGGGGACGCCCCCCAUCUUCUCCUGGGCGGGCGCCUCUGUGUCCCACCUGGACCCCGCGGUCACGAGCUCCCCCGUGCUCACCCUCACCCCGCGGCCCCAGGACCACGGCACCGCCCUCAGCUGUCAGGUGACUCUGCCCGCGGCCAGUGUGACCACGAGGACGACCGUGCAGCUCAACAUCUCCUACGCUCCGCGGAACCUGACGGUAACGGUGGCCCCCGGAGCAGGCGCAGCACCCACAGCCCUGGCGAACGGCUCCUCCCUUCCAGUCGUGGAGGGCCAAGCUCUGCGCCUGCUCUGUGCGGUCGACAGCCACCCCCGUGCCAGGUUGAGCUGGUCCUGGGGGAACCUGACUCUGUGUCCCUCCGAGCCCGCGAACCCUGGGGUACUGGAGCUGACCCCAGAGCAUCUCAGGGGUGAAGGAGAAUUCACCUGCCGAGCGCAGAACGCUCUGGGCUCCCGGCAUGUCUCGCUGAGCCUGUCCCUGCAGGAUAAACAGGGGCUUCCACAGAGAGGGUGGGGAGUGACCGGAGUGACGCUGGGGGCCUUCGUGGGAGCUGGAACCACAACCCUGCUUUUCCUGUCCUUCUGCAUCAUCUUGGCCAUAUCAUGGUCCUGGAGAAAGAAAUCUGCGAAGCCAGCAGCGAGUGCAAGGGAUCCAGAUGCUGCUAGUGGCUCAGUCUCACAGGGUCCCCUGGUUGAAUCCCAGCCAGAUGACAGCUCCUCACACCAGCCUCUCCCAUCUGUGGCUGCCCUCUCCUCAGAGGAGGAAGAAGAGAUCCACUAUGCAUCCCUCAGUUUCCAUGGGGUGAAGCCCAGGGACCCGCAAGAGCACCAGAGCAUCACCAGUGAGUACUCGGAGAUAAAGUUCCACGAGUGAGAAGACCCUGAGGUUGGUCCUGGUUGGAGAGGUCAUGGCCCCUCUGGGCUGAGGAAAAGUCAGGUCAUGUAGAAGGAAGAAUCCUCUGAGUCAGCCGUGGACUGUGCAUCCAGAGCCUGUCCUCAGCAAUGCUGAAGCUGUGCUGCUACUCUGCAUCUCCCCUCUCCCUCCACCUGGCCCUGCAACCUCCCAUAGUUACCACUCUACAUCUAUGAGUUCAACUUUUUUAGGGUUCACACAUGAAAGAGAUAUGCAGUUCCUGUUUCUCUGUGCCUGGAUCAAUUCAUUUAACAUAAUGUCCUCUAGGCUCAUGCACAUGGUUGCAAAAAGCACAAUAAUGUAUUGUAAAGAGAAGGUGUUAAAUGUUCUGCCUAAGGAAUGAUAAGUAUUUGAGGUGAUAGGCUAAUUAGCCUGAUUUGAUCAUUCCUCAAGGUGUGAAUUUAUUGAAAUAUCAUAUUGUGCCUCAAAAGGCAUAUAUAAUUAUUAUUUGUCCAUUAAAGUGAAACUUUAAAGAAUCCCUGUAGGUGAUAAGCUAUAACUAUAGUGAGAGAAGUUGAUAAGUUAUAACUUUAGUGAAAGUGCACAGGCUUUCGAAGCACUCCUAGUUUGAAUCCACAUUCUACCCUCUUAUGAAGUAAAUGACAGACAAAUCCCAUCUCUCUGUGCCUCAGUUUCCCACUCUGAAAAAUAGGGAUUAGAAGCCCUCCUUCAAGGUGAGAAAGACAGGGAAAAAAAUCCCACCAUAGCUCCUGGCACAGAUGGGGCUGAGCACACGUUGGAUCUGGAUCCUGUGCUUUGAACAGAGGUGUCCUGCUGGGCGUUCUCCCUCUGUCUGGAAAUGGCCAGUUAUCUUGUGUUGAUGCCACUUGCCUACAAAUAGCUAUUUCACAGCUUUUGCAAAAGUGACCUCAGCCUGUGAAUCAGAUCUGUGCAGCAUCUAGGCCAUGUUCUGCUUCUCUCUCUUUCCUCUCUCUCUCCCUUCAACCUUGAGGUCUUCUGGUCUUCCUUGGUCUCUGCAUCUUGCAGGUAGUCCAGAGGGGAUCAUUUGGACACCCAGAGCUCUCUCUGCUGUGCUUAGCAUUCACUCAUGGCUCCUUGCUCCUGAACAACCCCUCCAGCUUCCUCAUGGCCUCACUCCUCCAUCCAUGCUGCCUGCUGAUCCUUCUGGUCUUCCUAAGCCAUUUUCAGGGUGCUCUGCUGAUUCAUACCUCAGUCCUUGAUACUGAGGUCCCUCCUCCUAGAAUGUCUUCCCACUGAGCCUCCAGCUGCCUCUGCAUCUGGAAGUGGAGCUGGAGGAGUGGCCUCUGUACUGAGAUGAGGGAGGGAAGCAGCAGCUCAUGGUCUCCCUGCUCUUGAGCCAAACCAAGCAAAUGAGAAAAGUGUCCCCCUCAAAUCUCAGGAUUAUCUGGAGAAUGGAACAAUAUGAUUUAAAAUUCACCUACACAUGUCACCCAAACAAGGAAAAGAAUGGAGCACAGCAAUCACUUGAUACAUGUAGCCUCGAUGGCAAGAAAUCAAAGGAUGGAUGAAGCACCAACAGUCCCUUAAUCUGGAUCCUAGCCCAUUUACAGCAGCACUAAAAAACAAAAUGUCAAGGAAUAAUCUUUUAAACAAACAUGCAACUUCUGUACUAAAAAAUACAGAACAUUACUGAGAGAAAGAAAAGAAGACCCUAAUGAAUGCAAGAAAUAUACCAUGUUCAUGGAUAGGAAGACCAACAUUAUUAAGAUGUCAGUGUUCUCUAUGUUGGCUUAAAGUGAUCCCAGUCAUAUACAUAUAAAUAAAUAAAUAUAUAUGUAU